GCCUUGGAAUCUUCCCUCCUACUCCAAUUUAACCAUUCCUCUCUCUCUCUCUCUCUCUCUGGUGGCGCCGCCGUCACAGCAUGGCAUCUCUCGGUUGCUCCCCCGAAUCGGCGUUGAUAUUUCUGGGAACGGGUUGUUCUAGCUCCAUUCCCUACACAAGGUGCCUCAUCCGGCCACCAGAUCCUCCCUGUACCGUGUGCGUUCAGUCACUCUCCCUCCCACCUCACCAAAACCCUAACUACAGGUGCAAUACCUCCCUUUUAAUCGAUUACUGUCAAAGGGAUGACGCUCACAAAUAUAUAUUGAUUGAUGCUGGGAAGACUUUCAGGGAGACUGUACUUAGGUGGUUUGUUUUCCAUCACAUUCCAAGAAUAGAUUCUAUUGUUUUGACUCAUGAACAUGCUGAUGCAGUCCUUGGAUUGGAUGAUGUACGUGCUGUUCAGCCAUUUAGUCCCACCAAUGAUAUCGAUCCCACUCCUAUAUACUUGACUCAGCAUUCAAUGGAUAGCAUGGAAAAGAAGUUUCCUUACUUGGUUCAGAAAAAACACAAAGAAGGGCAAGAAAUACGACGGGUAGCUCAGUUUUGCUGGAACGUAAUUGCUGAUGAUUGUAAUCAACCAUUUUUUGCAUCAGGCUUAAAAUUGAUUCCGUUACCAGUAAUGCAUGGAGAGGAUUACAUCUGUUUGGGCUUUCUUUUUGGGGAGAAAAGUAGGGUGGCUUAUAUAUCUGAUGUUUCACGGAUUCCAGCCAGUACAGAGUUUGUCAUUUCAAAAAGUGGGGCUGGACAGUUGGAUCUUCUUAUAUUGGAUGCAUUGUAUAAGGAAAGGAUGUCUGCUUGCACAUAGGACAUGAAUGAAGUUGCUCUCAACAUUCAAUCUGGCUCUCAAUAUCUCAGUUCCUCUAAGUCUCUCCUAGCAUAGAAUUUUGUUUACUGGCAUGCGCUGAAAGUGGUUCUUAGUCAGUAGUUCUUUUGUGUGGCUUCAUAUGAUUCAGUCCUUUGUCAAUUUGUUUUGUCGAAUGAGUUCACGUCUUUUUCCAGGAGUAAAUUUUUUCAUUGAUUUUCUAAUACAAGACAGCCAACACAUCCUCGUCACAAGUAUAAUUACUUAAUCAAAGAAGCCCAACAAUAUGAUUAUAAAUGCAUACUUACUGGACCUAAAUGCAAUAAAAUUUGUGGUCACCAUUUCUUCUAUUUUAAAAUAUAAAACCCUUUUUCCCUUCGUUGCUAAUUUUGGACAUAAACAUAAAAAUUUCUUGAAUGUGACGAAUAGCAAAAUAUUAUUUUAUUGUGCUUCAAGUUGCAUAAAGAUAGUUUCAGCAAAAAACACAUGCUGGAAUAAAUUUAAAUUUGUCGCUAAUAAUAGAAUGAUCUGGAAGCAAAUAUUUUCUGAGUUAUUGCUUUUCUUAGCUUUUGGAGUUGAAACGUGUUUUGAUCAGUUUCUCAAUGUACAAUUUUGCUUGUUAUGAUUGUUGUAUUCGCGUGUCUCAAUCUUCAAAAACGAAUUCUUUUGAUAUUUUUUGCACUUGUUUCUUGCAAGAUACA